UGGGUAUGUAUCUCUAAACUUAUCGUUAGUCUUCCAAUGAAUCUAUUCUCUUGUAACGAGAACUGUAGACCAAUGAGGUUAUAGAUCUAAUCGAAAAUAAACAAAGCAUUCGUGUAUACAAGUUAAAAAUCUUAUAUGUUCAUUAUACAUAUAAAAUUGGAUGGAUUAAUAAAUAAAAUUUCAUUAUUUAUACUGUAAACAAUUCAUUAUCUGCAAAAAAUGUCAUUAACUUUCCAACAAAUUAUAUUGGAUGCUGAAAAGUUAGUGACUAGAAUCUCAGAUCAUGAAAAUACAGCGGAUGAUUUAAUAAUUGAAAUAGAAUCCGUUUGCGGUCAAAUUGAUAAUAUGAAGGAGUAUAAAGAAGAAGUAGAAAUCUUGAAUGCUGAAGCUAAACAAAAACCACAUUUGCAAUUGAUUUCUGGAAUACAAAUAGAGAAUAAACAUUUUCAAGAAAUACAGGCAGAAAAUAAGGAAUUAAAGAAUGUAUUAGAAGAUUAUCAACAUACUCUUGAAUUAAUAAUGUCCAAAUAUAGGCAACAAACAGCCUGUUUACUACGUUUGUGCAAAACAGAUAUUCCUUCAACGCAUAAUGCAAAAUAUGCCAAUAUAAUUACAAGUCAAGCAGAGAAAAUUAAUGAAAUGGCAGCAAUUAUGAAAACUGCUGUUGCCUUAGAUGAGGAAAACGAAUUAAAAGAAAAAGAGGUGUAUUAUAGUUUAAAGGAAGAAAAUGCUACGUUACGAGAAAUUGUUAAUAUUGCAAAUAAAUAUGGCUCGUUGAGUAAAGAUACCGAAGUAGAAAAUAAAACCGUUCAAACAGAUCCAGUAGUAUUAUAAAAGAAGUCUGUAAUUUAUAUUUUCUUUAUAUAAAUCUUGUAUUAUUUAUUUUAUAUUUUAUAAUGUAAUUAAUGUUAGAAGGAAUGCAUUACUUAUAUGUAAUAAAGUGCACAUACAAUACA